GCCCGACGCGGGGCGGGAGACACUAGACCCGGAACUGUUGUGGUGCCGUCCCGCCUCCGCGUACGCGGACCCGCCUCCACGCCGCAGGCGCACUUCCGGGAGAGUGGCGGCGGCCAGUGGGUCUCGGUGACUACGGUGAUGUUCUAAUCAUGUCGGAUAAAGAUGAUAAUGAGACUCCAAUAGUAAUUGAAGAAGCCUCUGCCCUUGAAGGCAAAAACUGUGAGCCAGCUGAGUCUGUUCACCAAAGUCCCGAACCAGAGAGUAAAUCAGAACCUGUAGUUUCCACUCGAAGAAGACCAGAGUCUAAACCUGCCAGUGACCUGGUGACCUCCGAAGUUUCCCCUGUUCAGGAGUCUGUUUCCAAAGAUGCUCCUCAGAAUCCCCAGACUGGAUGGGGCUACUGGGGCAGCUGGGGCAAGUCCUUGCUCUCCUCAGCCUCUGCUACAGUAGCCACAGUCGGACAAGGUAUUUCAAAUGUCAUUGAAAAGGCAGAGACUUCUCUUGGAAUCCCUAGUCCCAGUGAAAUUUCACCUGAAGCCAAGUAUGCAGCAGGAGAAGCCAAUGCCAAAGAGAAUGAAAAUCCUGUCGCGAUGGCUGGACCCUUUGGUGUACUUUCAACCAUCUCUACUGCUGUUCAGAGCACAGGGAAGAGUGUUAUCACUGGAGGCUUGGAUGCCUUAGAAUUCAUUGGGAAAAAGACAAUGGAUGUAAUAGCAGAAGGGGAUCCUGGAUUUAAACGAACCAAGGGUCUGAUGUACCGGAAUUCUACACUGUCUCAGGUUUUACGAGAGGCGAAGGAAGAAGAGCUACAGACCUACAAUGAGGUUGCCAUGGAAACAGAUAAGAAAACUCAUUAUGGGUUACUCUUUGAUGAAUUUCAAGGCCUUUCACAUCUAGAAGCUCUGGAGAUACUAUCCAGAGAAAGUGAAAUAAAGGUAAAAUCUAUCCUUAAUUCUUUGCAUGGAGGAGAAUUACAGACUCUGAAGCUUGAGUUAGAGAAACUCAAAGAAGCAUUUUCCCUAGCAGAGUUUUGUGAGGAGGAGGAGGAAGAGAAAAAAGGGGAUGAAGAUUUUACCAAAGAGAUAACAGAGCUGUUUUCCCAGCUGCACGUCUCCUCCAAACCAGAGAAAGUUGUCAGGGCAAGAAAUACUGCUUGUGAAUGGAUCAGGACAUCUCAGACCAAACCAUUAACAGAGAAAGAAGAAGAAAAACAGUUGGAAACAGAAACUGUUGAGCAAGUUAAGAAAAAUUCAAUAGAGGAUAUCCAUGCAUUUGCGAUCCGAAGCCUAGCCGAAUUAACUUCCUGUUCAAUUGAACUAUUCCACAAGACAGCAGCUUUAGUCCUACAUGGCCAGAAGCAGGAAGUGACAGCCGUAGAAAGGAGCCGAACUCUUUCCCAGAUGACAGUUAUGUUGUGUAAAGAGAUGUCUUCUCUGUCUAAAGAGUUCACCACCUGCCUUACAACUGCUGGGGUCAAAGAAAAGGCAGAUGUCCUUAACCCAUUAAUCACCGCAGUGUUUCUAGAGGCAUCCAACAGUGCCUCCUACAUCCAGGAUGCCUUUCAGCUGCUCCUGCCUGUGCUGGAGAUCUCUCUCAUCGAAAAUGAGACUCGCUCGCCAAAGCCCGAGCUGCAAGUGGGAACACAUGUGUCAGAACAAUGAGGAGCGAAGGAUGUUUGACUUGGAAUUUAUGAUGUGCAAAAAAUGCCACUUUCUUCAGAGUGCUCCUGAAGAAGUGGAGGAAAAGGGUUUAUUCUGCAGAGUUGAAGAAGAAGUUUGCCGCUUCACUUGGCUGAAGUAUGCAAGUCCUCACACAAGUCUUCUUCGUUAUAAUAAAUUAUUUGAUGAGAAACUUUUUAGAAAGUCCAAAAAUAAUAGCUCUAGAUAAAGGUUAGGCCAAAAUAUUGGUUUUUACUUCAUGUAUUGCCAAACACUAACAGUUUUUCAUUGAUGUUAUUUGUAGUCCAUGAGUAUAACUGGCUGUGAAGCAAGAGAAAGUAAUUUCAUCUGGCAUUCUGGAAUUUACAACUUGCUCAGUUUACUAAUGCCGUAUGUUCUUUCCAGAAUAAUUGCUGUAAGAAAACUGAGUUUGUGUAAACUGUAAUGAUUAUCCUUUAUCAUAUGACUUCUUGGAAUGGUUCAGAAGUUUCGUCUGCUGUUUAAUUGUCAGUAGAUAUUUGGCAUUGAGGAGAAACUUGGAGACUUGUAUUUGUAGCCACCUGCCCUCUGUCUUCAGAUUCCCCGUACCCUAGGAGGGCAAGCUUCAAGUUACCUCUUACCCCUGCUCAGCCUAAUUCAAGACCAAUAAGUGCAAUUUGGAGAAGCAGCUUUGUGUUUGUUGAUGUUCUGGGUCCCCUGAAUGUUUUUCAUAUGUUCCCAACAUGCAGGAUAAAUUCCUCAACAGCCGUAAUCAAAGGAGUAUUGAAGCUCUUUUUGUCAUGGGGUUUUUGUUUGAAUGUUUUCGAAUUGAACAGUGCAGUUCAAUGAAAAUGAUAGUCGUUUAUAAUUGGAUUUGACCUCUAAGAACAGUUUAUUUUUCCUCUUUUCUGUUUGUUUUAAUGUGUUCAGUGUGCUUUCAGAUAAAAUUUUAUCAUCCACUUCUUAAGCUUUUUUUUGUUCUCUUCUACAGCUUAAGGGACUGUUAAGUUACUAUCUUCGUAUUUUGAUAACUUUUUAAAAAGUUCUCUAACUUGGUAGUUUUUAAUGAUUUGGGUAACUUUUGUGAGCUUUGCCCCUCAUCUUCUAAAACCUGUAAAAUAAAAUAAUUAUACCCACAGUGGGCACAUAGUAA